AAAAAUGAAAGAAAAUGUGAUGCAUUUUCCCUGUGUGGUCCGCGUCCUUUUUGGUUCCGUGGAGUGAAACGUUGGAGUGUCCUACUACCCCUACUCCUUCCUUACUCUUAUUCUUAUCCCACUCUGUUACUAUUAUAUAUAAGUGAACCUAUCCAUCAACAUAACCUACCCACAUCCACAUCUUCUCUCUUCCAAAUUAAACACCAACAUUAGACUCAUGGAUGUUAAGAAAGCUGCAUCCCCACUGCACCCGCAGCAUGAUCAAAUCGAUUCGCCUCUCAGAAAAGGUCCAUGGACCGUUGACGAGGACACCAUUCUAGUUAAUUACAUCACCACCCACGGCGAAGGUCACUGGAAUUCCGUCGCACGAUGUGCAGGUCUAAGGAGGAGUGGGAAAAGCUGCAGAUUAAGGUGGCUAAACUACUUGCGCCCCGAUGUGAGGCGUGGAAAUAUCACACUCCAAGAACAAAUAUUGAUUCUGGACCUUCACUCUCGCUGGGGCAAUAGGUGGUCGAAGAUUGCUCAGCACUUGCCAGGAAGAACUGACAACGAAAUAAAAAACUAUUGGAGAACAAGAGUUAUAAAACAGGCGAAGCAGCUCAAGUGCGAUGUGAACAGCAAACAGUUCAGAGACACGUUGCGUUACGUGUGGAUGCCCCGCUUGCUGGAGCGGGUUAAGCCCACAUCUCACAACCAACUCGACCCAAACCCAACUGGAAACCCCAGCAACCACUCCACUGCCUCUUACUCGGACUCAUCGUCCGUGGAGCUCCAACUUCCUUCCAAUUCGCCUCACCAUAUGUGGACGGCUUUCGAUAACAUGGGCUUGGAACAGGGGACUCAUGGCAACGGGGCUGACACGUUAGAGACUUUGUGGAAUGACCAGAAUAUGUGGUUCUUGCAACUACUUUCUGACGACCUCCAAAUAAAAUACAAUUCCCUUCCGUGACGCAUUCUGCAACGCACACUACCUUCAAUGUUUUCGCCACUUUCAUCUACAAAUUACAAUACUUGCUACUUAUAUAUAUCUCACCAAUUAAACUUUGCCACGUGCCUUAGAGUUAAUACCUGUACUCAUAAUGAAAUUUUGCUUUCAUUUUCGCCUUUAUUAAACAUAAUUAAGAAUUGUUACUGAGUUAACUUAUUGUGAAUGCCGAUUUAAUGUCUAUUUUAGAAGGUCAUAAUGGGUCUAUAUCUACUUGUAGAUUAGGAGGGUACAUAUGGGUUGUCAUGGAUCCUCUUUGUGUGAAAAAUAUAUAGAGAAAACUAGAGAAACUUUAACUUGUCCUGUAUCAUGAAAGACCAUUUUCAAUAUUAAUAAUUAUUAUCCUGUGUAUUUAUUUA